GCGCUAUGCCCCGCCACGGGCGAGCCUUUCGACUCAGUUUUAACGCGCACGUUUUAUGAAACGACAACUAUGCGUCGAUGUUCGCUCGCCGAUAAUAAUUAUUCAUAUCGGAACCGCUCCUGCCGACCGAAAUAGCGCAGAUUCGCGACUUAUACUGUUUACCGAGAAAUACGAACUUCGAACGCUCCGCUUUUUUCCUUUUUGCUAUACGUAUACAUAGUUUAUACUUUUUAAAUUUGUUUUUUUUUCGCGGCCAGUUGUCUCCGCGAAUCUUAAUAGCGGUUAAUCAUAGUUUAUUUUUACCGCGUAAACGUGUGUUAAUAAUUGUGUUGGGGGCCACUCGUUUCUUUUAUUUUGUUUCGUGUUUGCGAAUUGCGGAAGCGCGUUUCGCGCGGACUUGAUUAUUUUUGUGAGUGAACUGUAAGAUUUGCACAUUAGAAUCUGUUAAGGAAAGACGAUGCGGGAUUAAGAGAUCGGACUUAUUUUUUUUUCUUUUCACAUUUUGGCGCGUAGACUUAGAGUGUGUGAUAAGGCUGCACAGAAAGUUCGGAAAAGUGUUGAACACACAUUGGAUGCUGGCGAGUGUUUUUUCAACGUGUUUUCGAGGCUAAGCGCUAGUUGUUUGAACAAGUGUGUUUUCUAAUGGAUUUAUUUUGAGAUUGUAUUGAAAACAAUUCGAGUUGUGGCUUCAGUCAUUUCAAGAACGCUACGGCGGCAUGCCGCAAGGUGCUACACUGAGGACAUUAUUAUAUUAAGCAGUUGAAUCAUUAAGUGCGGUGUUUACAUAAACUUGGAGGCUGUGUGAUUUCUGGAUGUGUCUCCAGCGGGAUGAAGAGGAUGUUGCAUAUAUAAAUGAGACGAGACCAAUGGUGCAGCUAGCUCUACGGGGUCCUGAGCCAGCAUUGAACUCGAACCCGGGUGGUGCCGCGAAACCACCGCUACUCAACGCAUUCGAGCUGGACCGCUGUCUGGACCGAGAGGAGUCCGGCAGGUGGGGCGGCGAAGCGGCGCGGCGGCGCCGGCGCAGCUCGCCCCCGCGCCGCGCCUCACCCGCCCGCGAACAUGAGCCCCUCUCGCUCGCACGGGCAUCAGCCCCAACUUCUCCCACGGGAGGGUCUGCCCACUCCAGCCCAGCACCUGUGUCCCCGGCGGGCAGUGGGGGGGCGGCACCCCCUCGCUCUCCCCUUCCACUGGUCGCGCCAGACCUGCUGGCGAUGCAACUGUUGGACCAACACACGCAGCUGCAAGCUCUUAUGAAGCAGCGCCUAUUCCACCAGCACCAUAUGCAGAAACAGCACAUGUCUUCGGAGGCGGCUAAGCGACAACUGGAGCAGUCUCGCCUUCAGGACCAGAUCAACCUAAACUUGCUGUCACAAUCCCAUCUCCCUCCACCCGAUACAUCGCCAGGUUCCUUGCAGCAACAACUUGGAGCUCAGCAGCAGCAGUUAGUGCAACAACUCCAAGCAGUACAGCGACAGUACCUGAUGCACGGCCCAUUGUCUGUGCCACCUAACGCUCCACCAAGUUUGAUGCUAUGGGGUGGCGAAGUGGAGGAACAUCCCCUAUUCGGCCGGGGAGUCUGCAAGUGGCCCGGUUGCGAUGCUCUGGCCGAGGACUAUCAAGCCUUUCUCAAGCACCUAGAAGCAGCCCACACGCUAGACGACCGAUCCGCAGCGCAAGCACGCGUUCAAAUGCAAGUGGUCGCACAACUGGAACUUCAGUUGCGACGCGAGCGCGACCGCCUCGCCGCCAUGAUGCGACACCUGCAUCAGGCGCGAGACAACCAUCACGCACCUAAACACGCACACGGUGGUGCAAGCGAGGGUGCUUCUCCUGGUCCAGUGCGUCGUCGAGUCUCAGACAAGUCGGGCGUGGCUAUCGCAGGAGAGAUUCAACGCAAUCGUGAAUUCUACAAAUCAGCAGACGUACGACCUCCAUUCACGUAUGCGUCAUUAAUUCGGCAGGCAAUCAUAGAAUCUCCUGAUAAGCAACUCACGCUCAAUGAAAUAUACAAUUGGUUCCAGUCCACUUUCUGCUACUUCAGGCGCAACGCUGCAACAUGGAAGAACGCGGUGCGUCACAACCUGUCACUGCACAAGUGCUUCAUGCGCGUGGAGAACGUGAAGGGCGCCGUGUGGACCGUCGACGAGGUCGAGUUCUACAAGCGCCGCCCGCAGCGCGCAGCGCACGCGCCGCCGCCGCACGCGCCCGGAUUUAUGGGAGCUCAAAGUCCGCCAAUGAUGACCAGCCCUCAUGGAUACAGCGAAGCUCUGAAACGGAAUCUUCAGGGCAUGAUGGAAGACUGCAACCUGUCGUACAUGUCAAAUGACGAUCAUAUGAUGCAGACGGAAGAUUAUCCAUCUUCGCACGAUGAUUACAACAGAGCACCAAUAAUGAACGGUUACGGCAACAGCAGUACGUCCCAUGAAGUGAAAGCAGAAGACCUGAGCGCCAGCGAGGCCCAGGAUAUCAAGCCUAACAUAUACGCUCUCAAGAACGAGAUGCAAGCCUCUGACUACUCUAACAAGGGUGAUUACUCGAAUUCAAACAAAGAGUCUUCGAGCAUCAGAUCCGGCGAAACCAGCCCGUACGACGACUACCCUCGCUCCGAAGACCGCUACCGUCCCUCGAUAUCUCACAUCAAGGACGAAGCCGAAAACCUAUCACUUAACGAGCAAAGAUCUGACAAAUAAACGAAUAUGGGAUCCGUUUAAAAUCAAGCAAAAGUGAGUAAUUUUACUAUCCAGCUGCAAAUUGAGGCAAAAGAGUGAGUACUUUUACUAUUCUACUGUAAAGUGAGUCAGUUUUCAAGUGAUCAAGAAAGUGAGUCAGCAUAAAAUCCGAUCGCAAAAGUGAAUCCUCUUGUGUGUUCUGAUUUCCGAUCGAGUGAUACAAGUGUUUAUUGUAGCCAAUGACAUUGUUACCCAAAGCGCAGUGAAAAAUAAUAAUAAAUUGUUCUGCUGAAGUACUUAUUGACAAUUAAUUUGCUUAGUGUUUAGCGUAAUCGAUAACAGUAUGUAAUGCAGUUUUACAUUUACGGGUGUAGAUCUAUUUCAGGUUAUUAGUGCGGUGUUUAGAAUGUAAUGUGUUCACUGUUGGAGUUUUUACAUAUGACGUGGACGAUCUCGAAAUGAGGAAUUGUAAGUUAGAGUUUAAGGCCAUUUUUUUGUUUUAAUCUGACCCGGUUUUAACGGGAUAUGGAAGUAUUAUAGGUUUUAUGUUUCUCGUUUCUAGGUUCUGAUUAUAAAUGGUAAGUCGGUAGCUGCAGUGUUUUCAUAAUUAUAUUAUAGGCAUAGUGCGUUAAGUGUUAGGAAUUUUGUAGUUGAAAACGAAUUACGCCAUCUGACCGGCGUUCAACGAUGUUUAACCUUAAAAGGUCCAUAUCAAUAUUUAAAAAUAUUUAAUCGUCGAAGUGUAAAAAAAAAUACUAGAACAAUAAGUAGUUUAUUUCAUGUGGACACGUGAAGGUAUUUAUAGUGGAAUUUGCGCUUAGCGUUGUUUUAAUUUCCACUUUAUUGCCAUAAUAUUUGAAAUUUCAUUUUCUUCUGUAUUUUGCAAUACGUAGAUCUCGCGAAAAGUUGUUUUCUUUCUAUUCGAUGUAAUGAAAUGAAUUUAAUAAUAAAAGAGUUCGUUUAAAAUAGCUGAUUUGUGAUUUCUGUGUCAAGUUUAUUAAUGAUCUGAUUAUAAGCUUAUUUUUUAAUGAUUUAAAUAGAAAAAAAGAUAUAUUUUUCGACGUUUCAGAGUGCCAUAGAUUACGAUGGCGGCGAUUUUUUUUUAGUUUUUGUAAUUGAUUCCAUGGAAUUGCUUUUUUUAUUUUUUUUUAGUGUAAGACUAGAAUUGUAAAUAUUUAUCACGAAUUGUAAAUUCUUUAAAAGAAAUUUGGUAAAUUUAGACGUGUGUAAACGUUUACUUAUUAAAUAUAACUAUUGCAUAUUAAAUCGUUCAUGUUGUAGAGAAUUUAGAAAACUUAGUAGUAAUGAAAAUUUUCACUUUACUGUGAUCAAAAUAACAAGCAUAACAAUAUUGUUUCACGGCUAAAAUUUUUAAACACCUGAAAAUGACGAUGUUAUGCUUGAUGUAAUGACUAUUGUACCUUAUGUCUGUCGAGGUUAUGUUUAUUACAAAAAUAAUAUUUGCAUUUUCAAAUAUAGCAUUUAUGAAUUAUAAUUAAAAUAAUGAAUAGUUUGUUUUGAAUUCCGAUAAAAGUAAAUUAAUAAUAUAAAUUUAAAAGGGUCAACCUAAUCAUAUCACAAGUAUGUAUGUAUAACUUGUAAUGCUAGUAAUUAUGAUUGGUAAUAAAAUAAUAAAUGUAUACCUAAAUUGCAAUAAUAAUACCUAAAAUGUAAAAUAGUUAUAAUGACAGAAAUUUCAUCGCCAUCAACAUGUUUGAACAGUGAUUUACAAACUUUCAAAUUUAUUGGUUUAUAUUUAAUUUUACUGUCUAAAUUACAAAUCAUAAACAACAAUGUUAAAAUACCGCCUAAAUUCUAUCUACUUACAAACUUUCUGUGUUUUGUGAAACAUACUUAUGUGAUCGUGAUUUAAAAAAAAAACUCAAGUUAUUAAUUAACCAAAGCAGAUUAAUUUUUCCACUUUGUGUCUGUAUAAUAUUUUUUUUUUAUAAUAAUACCUUUUAAAAUUUUGCUCAUUCUAAAGAAUAUUUUAUUAUGUUAAAUUAUUAAGUACAACUUCUAAAGAGUUUUUUCAAUUACUAACAGAAAUACAAUUUGUUAUAACCAAUGGAAUUGAUUUAAAGUUAAAUAUCGUGGUAAAUCAAAAAGGAUUGUUGGAUUUUUUAAUCAAUUAGCGAAUAUUUUGAGAAAAGUGUAUUUUUUUAAUUCUGUUAUAUUAAUCAUUAAAUUGUUUUAUGAUGAGCCAGUAUGUAUGUAUAAUUUUACUUAAAAUACGAUGUUAUUUUUUGACACGUUUAUUUAAUAGUAAUUACUAUUACAAUUUUGCACAAUUUUUAAACUGGCAAGUUCCAUAAAAAAUACAUUCUUCACCAAGUUAAACAGCUACGCAUAUUUUUAAUCACACAAAGCGACAUGAAUACAUUUAUUGUAAAUUAUACUUAAUUAGUGUUGUAUUAAACCAAAUCAUUACAAUUAUAUUAUUUUGUUUUAUUUCAUUUGACCUCAUUUUUUAUUUUUGACAUUAACAGC